AACCCUAAUCAUCAUUCUUUCAUAGAUCUUCUUCACCCUCUAUAUUCUUCAUUCUUUCAUUGAUUGUACCAAUUGUUAUCUUCUCUCUCAUCAUAUUCAUAAUUCUUCUAUCAUAGAUCUUCUUCACCCUCUAUAUUCUUCAUUCUUUCAUUGAUUGUACCAAUUGUUAUCUUCUCUCUCAUCAUAUUCAUAAUUCUUCUUUCAUAGAUCUUCUUCACCCUCUAUAUUCUUCAUUCUUUCAUUGAUUGUACCAAUUGUUAUCUUCUAUCUCAUCAUAUUCAUAAUUCCCGGGCAAAUAUACGUAUAUCUGCAUAAUUGUGCAUUGAUUUUGAUUCUUAUUACUAUGUACUAAUAUGAAAAACUCUGAUUUGAUUCGUAGCAAGCGACAUCGAUUUGAUCAUUUUUCCAAUUCCGAUAGACCUGUAUUGCCUCGUAAGAAGCAUAAACACGUGCUUCUCAAUACUGCAUCUGUACAUAUAAAACCGCUUGGAUUGCCUCUGGUUUCAACCUGCUCCAAUUCUUCAUCGGAAUCGAUCUGCCUCGGGCCAUACAAACCCUACACCAUCGGCCGGUCGCGCAAGCACUGCGAUUCGGUAUUCGAAGACCGUAGAGUGAGUAAGAAGCACUGCCAGAUUUUAUUUGAUGCUCUGAAUAGAAAGAUACGUAUAUGUGAUAGUGUGUUUUGGUUUGGUUCAUGUGGUGGGGGUUCUACUAGGGUUAGGGUUUCUGUGAAUGGGGUGUUUGUUAACGGGGUUAGAAUAGGCCGGGGGGAAGUUGCCGAGUUGGGUGCAGGCGAUGAGGUUUCGCUUGUUUGUGGAAAGGAUAGGGGUUGUGGAUUUGGGGUUCGAAUUGGGUUUGUUGUGCAAAGAAUUGUUUUCGUGGAGGAGGUUUUCGACCGGAGUUUGUCUUGUUUGUACCCUAGACAGUGUGGUGGAGUAACUGGGAGAGUCAACUUGCUUUUAACUCAGUGCAGACAGAUAAUGCAUAGCAAUGACCCCAUAUGGUGCAUUCAGAAAAGCAAUAGUAUUUUGGCUAGACUGGAUGGUGUUUUGGCAUUUUUGAUGCCAAGCAAAGAUAUUGAGUGUCAAGUGGGAGGUGUGCCGGAGCUGAGAGGUGGUGCUCUAGCUGAACAACCAGCUGGUGAGGGCUUGCGUGAUGACCGGAGAGUGGAAAUUGUAAAUGGAAAUAAGGUCCAGGUGAAUUCAAUUACUUGUCACAGAGAGACAAUCGUGGUUUCUGAGGUGAACCCUUCCUCUGAGAGUUACAAUGGCAAUGGUAACCAUUUACAACAAGCGGAAGAUGUCGAGGCUUUUAUAGGAAAUGGUGUUACCAACAGUAAACCUAAGAUGUCAGUUUUGGAUCCAGUGGUGAAAGAGAAUACUCAGUUUCAUGGGGGUUCGCAGGGUGAGAACCGAAGGGCUUCAAUUUCACCACCUGGGAAUAGGUUUUAUCUGAAUCGCCUUCAGUCUAUUGGUCAUGAUUCUUUGGGCGAUCAUGCUGUUGUUUCCUUGCCAGAGCUUCUUUAUCCCGUUGAAAGCCUUCUACGGAUAUUUGUUGCAACUUUUACAGUCGAUAUCUUGUGGUUUUUAUCAUGUUGUGAGAUUCCAGUCCACCUGCCAGUGACAAUUGCAUGCCACAACCGUGAGAGGUGUUGGAGUUCAAGCCCCGAUCAAAGAACCUCUGUGCCUUUGUCAGAUUUUCCAAACUUAGCCGUCGUGUAUCCUCAAUUUCCUGAGGUUGUAGCCUUUGGUAAAGACCGCAGGAAAUCGGGCAUCGCUUGCCAUCAUCCAAAAUUGCUUGUGUUACAAAGAGAGGAUAGCAUCCGUGUUGUCAUUACUUCUGCAAAUUUGGGGGCAAAACAGUGGAACAGUGUAACAAAUACAGUUUGGUGGCAAGAUUUCCCUCGUUCUAGCAGACAUGAUAAUUUAUCUCUUUUUACGCAAUUCCCUGACGGGGACAUAAAUCAAGGCUCAAAUUCUGAUUUUGCUGCUCAGCUGGCUGGAUUUAUGGCAUCUCUCCUUGCUGAUGUACCAACUCAGGCCCACUGGAUCCUAGAAUUGACUAAAUAUGACUUUAAGGGGGCAGUUGGCCAUCUGGUUGCUUCAGUACCAGGAAUUCAUUCUCUCAGAGCACCUUCUAUCUUGAAAUCCAUGUACUUCUUACCUGGUAACACAUGUGCAUCACGGUCAGAAGGUGCGAAGGUGCUAGGGUCUGUUGAAACUUCUGUAGUUGGUUUGAGCCAUCUUUUUCGCACUUCAGCUGAUUCAAAUGGGGCACAGAUAAAGAAACUCGCUUCUUUCAUAGCGAAAUGUCAUGAGAAUGCAAAUGGGAUGUUGGAGAUUUUAUUAAGAAGAAACAGAAAUAUACCAGCUGAUGCAAAUGCUGUGAGCAUUCUUGUUCCUAAUCCAGAAGACUUCUCUCAGGGAGAUUGUCUGCAACUUGGAUUUCUGCCAAGAAAUGUUGCAAAGUGGGUUGCUCCUUUGUCAGAUAUAGGCCUGUUCAGGUUUUCUGGAUGUGUCUAUCCAAAAGAAGUCCUUGCUACUGCAUUAGAUGGAAGCACCAGCAAAGUACAAAUGAUAUUGUAUGUGUCGCAGGGACCUGCCUUUUCAGACAUGUCAGAGAUAGUGCAGUCUGAACAAGUUUCUGCCAUAUGCUCAUUAGUUGCAUCAAUACAAAGGUCCUCAGGCAUCUGGCGACUUCAAGAGGUUUUGAGUCAUUACAAAUGGCCAGAACAUCUGGAAACUGAUUUUCUGUUCUGUGCAUCCUCAAUUGGGUCAGUCAAUCCACAGUUUUUGGCUGCAUUUUCAGCAGCGGCUGGAAAGACAGCGGCGCAGUUCCCUGAGUCUGAGGAGUCCGAUCCAGAUUGGGGCUGCUGGAGUGCAAGUCAAGAGUUAAAAAAUCCAUCCAUUAGAAUCAUCUUUCCCACAAUUGAAAGAGUGAAAAAUGCAAGUUGUGGAAUCUUAGCAUCAAAAUACCUUCUGUGCUUCUCGCAGAAAACAUGGCAAAGGUUAAGAAACAUUGACAUUCUUCGUGAUGCAAUUCCAUAUCCCAGUGAUAGAGUUAAUCAUCCAAUGCAUGUCAAGGUGGCCCGAAGAUGCUUCCAGUCUAAGAAGGAUUCGUCAUCCUUUGGAUGGGUGUAUAGUGGGUCACAUAACCUCAGCGCAGCUGCUUGGGGACGUCCAAUUUACAAGUCAAUUGAGAUUAAUGCCGUUGGAGCUGUGAAGUCAAAUUCUGUACUGGGUUCGAGACUUCACAUUUGUAACUACGAGCUUGGUAUCAUUUUCAUUGUUCCGCCACCAGAUUCAACAGCUAGUUCCAAACAUAAGACUGCAAAUUUGGAUGAUAUUGUACUGCCAUUUGUUGUGCCCGCCCCGAAAUAUAAAUCCAGUGACACACCGGCAACGGCACAGGCCAUGAGAGAAGCACUGGUGGAUAGAGGGAGACAGAUGUUUAUGGAAUCAGCUGCAGCUGGAGAAGUGAUGGACGAAGAGGUCCCGGAUGAUGAAGAUGAUGAUAUAGUGGUGGCAUCGGAUUUCUUUACAGAGGAGAAGGAAGAUGAGAAAGCUUAUGCUGAGAAACUCUGGAGCCAAAGUUGAUUCAUCGGAGAGCUGUUGAGUUACAACUUAUCAAGAAGUUACUUUAAGAUUGAAUGCGUGGAUUAUGGAUUAAAAUGGUUUGUUGAUCAGGAAACUGAGAAAUCAUUUGAUGAAGUUCAUCUACGCCUCAAUUUAGGGUUUGUAGAUUCAAGAUGUUAUUCUUUGGGUAUUGGAAGGGAUGCUCUACUUGAGAAGAAUUCUUUCGUUCAUUUGUUUCUAUUGGGUUUUCGGUAGAAUUCCGGUCUUAAGAUGGGGCACAGUACUGUGUAUUUGCUCAUUUCCGGUCUUAAGAUGGGGCACAAUACUUCGUAUUUGCUCACAGCAACUCCCGCUUCUAAAACGAAAAGGUAUAUAAAAAAUAUGGUUGCAAGGUGUAUGUAACUUUCCAACAUUUUCAACUGGAGUAGUAAAACUUGUUAUUAGUAUUGUCUUCUCUACUUUUUAUAGUACCUAAAAUGAUUGUAAUAUGAAAGGAAAGAUGAA